CUGCAGACUGCCUGACUAAAAGAUUUCCACAAAGAUCGUCCGAUAAAUAGGAAAGUCGUCUUAUUCCUUAUUAUCAAAACUGAAAUACUAUUAAAACCAUUGUACAUGACAUAUUUUUACGAUUAUUAGACUAGGACAUAAGGAGUUAUUGUUUUGAAUCAGGCAAAUUUGAGGCCAACUAACCAAGAAAAGCCGUUUCUUCUCUCAAUGUUGAAGUUUGUUUCUGAAGGGUCAUGUAGUAAAGAAGCAUUAAUGGAGAUGUUAACUGUAGGAGGUACUCCAAGAAUACAUUUAAUACAUUUCACCGCAUUUUCUGUCACUACGAGGGACUAGCUGCUUACUUAGUUGUUAUCUGAUGACACGGAUGGCUCUUCCAAAAUAAAGCAUCCCGUCAAUCUGGGAUUUACCGAUCAUCCAGUCAAAUAUAUUCUUCAAAAUGGUCGUGGAGGUGGAGAGUUUCUUUGGUGUGUACAUGCUGUACUGCAGGAAUCCACGAUUUAAAGGCCGCAUCUACAUCGGCUUCACCGUGAACCCGGAACGGCGGAUCGGGCAGCACAACGCCGGGCGACACCGCGGUGGGGCCAAGAGGACCAGCGGGAGGGGGCCAUGGGAGAUGGUCCUCAUCAUCCACGGCUUUCCCUCCGACAUCGCCGCUCUCAGGUUCGAGUGGGCGUGGCAGCAUCCCCACUCCUCCCGGCGCUUGCCUCACGUCGCUCGGCGCUCCAGGAAAGAGUCCAGCUUGCAGUUCCACUGGCGCGUGGUCUCCAACAUGCUGCGCGUGGCGCCGUGGAACCGGCUCCCGCUGACGGCGCGCUGGCUGAAGCAGGAGUACAGGAUGGACUUUGGACCGGCUCUGCAGCCCCCGCUGCACGUCCCCAUAGCUUUUGGAAGCGUACGGGCCAAGAAGACGCUGCAGCCGCAGACCAGAGCCGAGGAGGAGGAGGAGGAGACCACCGACUGCUUCGUCUGCAGACGACCAGUGAAGGUAUCGGAGAAGGUGAGCUGUCUCCAUGCGUCCUGCGGGAUGAGCAGCCAUUUGAUUUGCCUCGGCAGACGGUUCUUGCAGUCGGAGCCGUCCCAGCUUCUGCCCGUGGAGGGGGAGUGUCCUUCCUGCCGGCGCUCGCUGCUGUGGGGCAGCCUCAUUCGCCAUCAGCUCGGUUGCCUGGGAGACCUGGAGGAGGUCACAGAACCCUCUUCCCAGGACCACUGGGCGGACGAGCUGCAGAUGUGAAGAGAGGAUCGUGGUGGACGCCGCACCGUUUCUUUCUGUUGGACUGUUGAGAAACGACCGUAAAAAUCAAUGAGUGUCCUUUUUUAAUGAUGACAUUUUAAAUGUUUUUUUGCAGAGGAAGAUCUUUCAUGAGUUAUGGUCUGACCAAUAAAUUAUUUAUUUGCCCUCA